AAACCCAAUCUCAAUGGCUCAUCGAUCUCUAAAUCUCUCAAUCUAACCCCAAAAAAGCCCUACCCCUUCACUACCCACCCCACCUAGUAAGAGCUUCAUUCUCGUUCUCCUCUCUUGGUAGCAAUCUAAUGAAAGCUAGAAAUCAAUUUCAUAAGAGCUUCAUUCAUAUAGCGCGUUCUCUUUUCAAACCACUUCUCUGGAAUCCUCACCGCCGUGGUGCUCCCCCUCCGUCAAUUCCAGUAGUCUCGUCAUCCCCAUUGUUGUAUCCAUCACUGAGCCACUUCCCCGCCCUUCCUCCAUGAUUGCGCACACCACUUCAUUAGUCAAGAAUCAGAUUUGGGAUUUGUUUUCUACCUCGCACAAACAGAAAAGGAGCAGAAACAAGAAACACACCUCCGCGCUAGAAUAGUUGCCGACGUUCCCCUCUACCGGUCAGUACCGGCUGCAUUGUGCUUCCCUUGCCAGUGGGUCCAUGGCCGAUUUGCUCCCUCUUUCCUCUGGUUCUAUUCUCAGGACAAAAGGGGGUGAAGCAAAGGAAAGGCCUGCAAGACGCACCGAUACCGCUGUGAAGAGUUGUCGCCACAACGCGCUGCACCUCCAUUCUGGGUCUUUCCUAUCUGAAGAAUCAAAAGACCCUGUGGUUCAGUUUCUGGAAGGAGAACUUCUCAUAGUGUGUUUGUAUUCCAAUCCAGGUGGACGCUUUGCCUCAAGGGAAAAAAUGAGCCUUCUAAAGAACUGCCGAAGUUUUCUGUCAAACUUUUUCUUCAUUCCAGUGGGCAUGUUGCAGCGAAAUUCCAAUAUGACCAGGUUAUGGAUGUUCCCGCUUUCUUCCUUGUCCGAAGCAGAGAAGGUUCUAGGAGAAAUAUCUAAUUAUAAAGUUCAGUUGGAGGCGGUAAAAGCCAAAAUCAAAUCUGCUAAAUCAAAAGAUGAGUCUGAAUCUCUUAAAUUUACUCAAAAGAAACUGAUUAACAAGGCAGGUUGCAAGUUUCUUAUAUUUGCGCACCAUCAGCCAAUGAUAGAUGCGAUACAUGAGUGCCUUCUUAAGAAAAAAGUGGGUUGCAUUUGGAUUGAUGGAGGUACACCCGCUGCAUCAGGGCAACAAUUGGUUACAGAUUUCCAGGAAAAGGAUUAUAUCAAGGCAGCUGUACUAUCCAUUAAAGCGGGAGGAGUUGGAUUAACUUUAACUGCUGCAAGCACAGUUAUCUUUACAGAACAAUCCUGGACUCCAGGUGACCUAAUUCAGGCCAAAGAUCGUGCAUAUAGAAUUGGUCAGGUAUUCUCACACUCAUUAAGUAGAAAGGAGAGAGUUGUUACUAGUUGCAUGACAACAUUAAGAAAACAGAUAAUCUCAAAUGAAAAGAACUCUCAUAUCUAAAUUUUUUAGUAGCAAAGACAACAUGUGCUCUUCUGUUUUUUGACUCGUUAGUUCUUGUUUACAGGUCUCAUCAGUAAAUAUAUACUAGUUGGUAAA